AUGGGUUCAGUCGUUCAUACAACCUCUGCUUUUUUGCCAGAACUCCUAGUCGUGAUUCUGCUAGAGCUUGACGUGCGCACUCUGUCGCUGGCUCAGGGUGUCAAUCGCCAGUUCUAUAGUACCAGUAUAAACACAAAAACGCUACGGAGACGCCUCUUCUUUCCAACAGAUGAUGCCGUUGUGACGGCGAAGUCUCUUGGAGAACGCGGUCGAGCCGUCCGGAACCCGCCCUUAGCCGAGUUGUUCCCAGCAUGGCCUUGGACGGUCGAGGAAGCCCUCGAACAAUUGCCUUGGUUCGACGAACCCCGGAUAGCUACAUUUCUUAGGAAGGGUUAUCUGCUGGGCUUUCGAGUGUUUUGGAUGGAUUGGCCAUCGUCUCGUCAAAACUUCCACUCUGCCUUGGGCUGGUACGAUUUCAAUGCAAGAAGUAAAGCAAGUGCGUUGUCGAGUCGUGUAGACACUAUCGUAGAACUUGAUCAGGGCACAGACGGCGAAACGAUCUUGUCGAACGCGGCGCACAAACACAUGUUAAAGCGACGCAAGCUCGUAGCUGCUUUCACUGGUCGCGCGCGACCUUUGGCAGACACCGCACCCGGAACUGCAACCUUGCUAAGAAGGAGCGAGAGGUUCCAGAACAAAACAUAUCGUAAAGAUUCUUAUUGGUUUUAG